AAUAGUGUAAUUUUGUUUUUAAGUAAUUUAGUUCUCAAAAAUGUAUGCGAUUAAAAACCUACCUCAAGUCAUGAGACUUGAAAAAAAUCAAGAAUUUUUGGGUUACACAUCUUAUAGUAUAACCAAACCCGGAGAUAAUCUGGGCAGUUCAAUUUUCGGUAUCAAAGUCAGGGUGAAAAAUUUGGAAACUAAAAAAGAAGAAUUUGUUGAUGCUGUGGUCAAAACACCUGCUCAAGAUGAAUUAAUACGGUAUAUAUUUAACUCAGAAGUAACAUUUAGAAAUGAGAUAGAAUUCUACAGAAAUAUUAUGCCGAUGUUAACAAGAUUUCAGCAGGAAAAUAAUAUGGAUUCUUCAGAAUAUUAUGUUAAAUAUCUUGGUGCAAGAUUGAAUUUAAAAAACAAUGAGGACGUUGAUACAAACGCUGUCUUACUGAUGGAGAAUUUGGCUUUAGGUGGUUAUAAAAUGAAGAAUAGAAAGGUUGGUUUUAACUUGGGUGAAGCAAAAGUUAUUGUUAAAAAUAUGGCGGAUUUUCAUGCAACAACUUUGAGUUAUAAGAUGAAAAAUCCAGAGAAUUUUAACAGUAAAAUAAAACCCUUUUUGGACGGUACGAUUUUUGAAUGUAGAGAUGGUAUCAAGGGUAUACUAUAUGAGAAAAAUAAGAACCUUGCUUUGGAAAUUGUUGGUAAUAACGAUAAGGAUUUGUUUGAAAGAGUUAAACAUAUUAUUGAAGAAGAUUUUCUUCCUGAUGGAGAGUUAUUUUCCACGAUUUGUCACUAUGAUUUUUGGGUCAACAAUAUUAUGGUAAAUAAAUCGGAAUGUAAAUUUCUGGACUUUCAAAUAUGUCGUUACUUAUCGCUGAUCAAUGAUUUAAUAUUUUUCUUAUUGACAAGUGUGGAAAAUGAUGUUGUUGUGGAGAAUUUUGAUGACUUGAUUCAACUUUAUUACGAUGUGUUUAUUAACAUUUUAAAGAAGUUUCAGUGUGAUACAAGUCAAUUUUCCUUUGAGGUUUUCGAACAGGAAUUAUCAUUUUGCAGCAAAAGGGAAUUUCUGCACUCCAUUUCAAUGCUCUUCAUUAUAUUUGCCGACGUCAAACUACCAAUGGACCUAAAUGCACCGAUUGAACCGUCUAAAAAUCACCUAGAAAAAUUCCACGUAAUUUUAACUAUAUACCAGAAAAAAGGCUGGUUGUAA